UGAUCCGCUGACCUCCAGAUCCGCUGCUGCUGUCCAGUGCACUCAAACACUCACUGCUCGUCUGCUUUACCCGCCGCUAACAGCACUGACAGCACCGCCACAGCCAUGCCCAGAGCCCGACUCCAUCAGGGCCGGUAGUUUUCGUCUGCAAGCGCUCCCUCUUCUGUGUGUGUGUGUGUGCGUGCUUUGAGAUGGAGGCAGAAGCAAAGCCCCCAGUAACGGUGGCCGGGCCCUCCAGGAUGUGGUGUGGGAAAAGGAGCAGAAAAGUUGGCGUGGCCAAUAUAUUUAUGGGCGUGUCCGUGCGUGAGCUGCAGCACCUGUUUCGCUCGUCAGGCGAUGAGGAGGCGGAGCAACGAGCACAGGUGGUGUGGGGGAGGGGCGAACAAUCUGAACUCGCCCAGGCGCUCAUGGGAUUGCGUGCUAGGGGUCGGAAAAACAGAAUCUCUCGUCACACAAUCGCCCCCCGCUGGUUACGAGCCUUUGGACACCUCAGGAUCGGUGAGAGUGCUUCGGGUCGAGACGCCCAGGAGGAUGAGGAGCGUGAGGCCCGGAAAAACUCCAGUGGAGAGGCAGCACAAACUCACGCUCAGACACACACACACGGUCAGACACACACACACGCUGCGGGGAGCAGAGAGGGGGAGGUCAGUGGAGAUGAGACUCAUCCGGGGAGGGGCACCCAGCCGGCCAUCUCCCUCACCAGCAGAGUGGGCUUAGCACUGCGCAGGGGGGGCCAGAGCGACCCAGAGCGCUACCUCCACCGUAUCAUACACUAACACACACACACACACACACAUCGCAUUAUACACUAACACACUUACACAUACACACUGCAUUAUACACUAACACACUUACACAUAUACACUGC